CCCUCCCGCCCUCCUCCUCCGAGUCAGGGCUCCGGAGCCGAGUGGCGAUGGAGCAAAGCGAGCCGGACCGGCAGCAUGGCAUUGGGGCGCGCCUGCUUGGCUGUGUCCCUCCUCUUCUUGGCGCCAGGGCUUCUCCUUGAAGGCGGCACUUCUGCUCCCAACCCUCCUCCUCUGUCUCCUCUUGCCCACUCGCUGCCCCUCCAGCACUUGCAACCGGGCGGCGGGGGUGGCGGGGGUGGCUGCCCUCGGGGCGGCGGGGGGCGCUUCGUCAACGUCACCGAGUCCGGCGCCGAGUGCCUGCCGUGGGCGGAGGUGCCCACUUUCCUGGAGAAGACCCCGCAGGGCAAGGGGCUCCGCGGGCAGCGCAACUUCUGCCGCAACCCGGACGGGCGCAGCAGGCCCUGGUGUUUCUACCGCAACGGCCGCGGCAGGGUGGACUGGGGCUACUGCGACUGCAGGCAAGGCUCAGUGAGACUUAGAGGUGGCAAAAAUGAAUUUGAAGGCACAGUUGAAAUUUAUCUUAACGGAAUAUGGGGAACGAUCUGCGGUCAUCAUUGGGAUGAUACAGAUGCAUCAGUCAUAUGCCGGCAGCUUGAACUUGGGGAGAGAGGCACAGCAAAGCACACCCCAUUUGCUGGACUGGGCCUUAUCCCAGUUUAUUGGAGUAAUGUACAUUGCCAUGGUAAUGAAGAAAACAUCCUGCUAUGUGAAAAAAGUAUCUGGCAGGAUGGAAUGUGUCCUCAAAAUAUGGCAGCUGCUGUCACAUGUAGCUUUUCCCAUGCCUCUGAUUUCAUGCCAAUCCGGCUAGUAGAUGGGAGCAGCGCAUAUGAAGGAAGAGUUGAAGUGUACCAUGCUGGUCAGUGGGGAACCAUCUGUGACGACCAAUGGGAUGAUGCUGAUGCUGAGGUAGUCUGCAGGCAACUCGGCCUUGGGGGAGUUGCCAAGGCAUGGAGCCAGGCUUAUUUUGGAGAAGGCUCAGGUCCUGUGCUACUGGAUGAAGUGCGUUGUACGGGAAAUGAGUUGUCUAUAGAAGAGUGCCUGAAGAGUUCCUGGCGAGAACACAACUGUGGCCACAAAGAAGAUGCAGGGGUUUCCUGUACACCUCUAGCAGAUGGUGCAAUCAGACUCUCAGGCGGGAAAAGCAGCCAUGAAGGACGACUGGAAGUGUUUUACAAUGGACAGUGGGGCACAAUUUGCGAUGAUGGGUGGACUGAAUUGAACACACAAGUGGUUUGUCGGCAGCUGGGCUUUAAAAAUGGAAAAAGCACAUUGGAACGCUAUCCAAGAGAGAAUAGUGGACCCAUCUGGCUGGAUGAUGUGAGUUGUUCAGGAAAGGAAUCUGCCCUCCUUCAGUGUUCGAAGAAGGAAUGGGGAAAACAUGACUGUAGCCACCAAGAGGACAUCAGAAUAAGUUGCUAUCCAGAUAAUGAUAGCCACAGAAUUUCACUAGGGCCUCCUCUCAGACUGAUGGAUGGUGAAAAUAAGAAAGAGGGCCGAGUGGAGAUUUUCAUCAAUGGGCAAUGGGGAACAAUUUGCGAUGAUGGAUGGUCUGAUAAGGAUGCAGCUGUGGUGUGUCGACAACUUGGCUACAAAGGUCCAUCACGAGCAAGGACUAUGGCAUACUUUGGAGAAGGGAAAGGCCCCAUACAUGUGGACAAUGUGAAAUGUACGGGAAGUGAGAGAUCCUUAGCUGAUUGCAUUAAACAGGAUAUUGGCAGACACAAUUGCCGACACAGUGAAGAUGCUGGAGUGAUCUGUGACUAUCUUAGCAAGAAGGCACCUGGCAACAGUAAUAAAGAUUCUCUUGCUUCGGUGUGUGGUUUGAGAUUAUUACAUCGUCGCCAGAAACGGAUCAUUGGAGGAAAAAAUUCUUUACGAGGGGGAUGGCCCUGGCAGGUUGCUCUGCGCCUGAAAUCAUCCCAUGGUGAUGGAAGAUUGCUGUGUGGUGCCACUCUUAUCAGCAGCUGCUGGGUCCUCACUGCAGCACACUGUUUUAAGAGGUAUGGCAAUAACACUAAGAACUAUGUGAUACGUGUUGGGGACUACCACACAUUGGUACCUGAGGAGUAUGAGGAAGAAAUUGGAGUACAAGAGAUUGUGCAGCAUAAAGAAUAUAGGCCUGAGAGCAGUGAUUAUGACAUUGCACUAGUACGUUUGGAAGGGCCUGAAGAGCAGUGUGCUCGUUUUAGCACUCAUGUUUUACCAGCCUGCUUGCCUCUCAGACGUGAGAGGCCACAGAAAACUGCACCAAAUUGCUACAUCACUGGUUGGGGUGACACAGGAAAAGCCUACUCCAGAACAUUACAGCAAGCUGCUGUUCCCCUGCUUCCUAAGAGAAUUUGUGAAGAACGCUACCAGACAAAGUUCACAGGAAGGAUGCUCUGUGCUGGUAAUCUCCAGGAGCAGAAACGCGUGGACAGCUGCCAGGGAGACAGUGGUGGACCACUGAUGUGUGAACGUUCAGGAGAAAGUUGGGCUGUGUAUGGGGUAACCUCUUGGGGUUACGGCUGUGGAGUCAAAGACUCUCCAGGCGUCUAUACCAAAGUCUCCUCUUUUGUACCCUGGAUAAGAAGCAUAACCAAACUAUGACCAUAUUGCACCUACUGUUUCUAACAAUAUUUUCCCUCUGUAUGUCAUAUCCAGAUACUAAGAUUACUUGUUUUAAAAGUUUUGAACUGUUGGACAAGUAACAGGAAAGACUACCAUACACCUUCAAUGUCUCCCGUUCCCCCCCUCCCCCUCCGAACAAGCAGCAGAUUAAAUAGCUGUACAAAUCAGUUUAAUGUGUCUGGAUAAAGAUAGCCAUAAGGAGGUUUUCACUAACUUUUAAACAAUGUUUUAUCUAUGCAGACAAAUGAAACCCUCAUGAUUUUACUGCACUGUUGAGAACCUUUCAGAACAAUUAAUUCUGAAGUAAUCGUUUAUUCUUUGUAUGUGAUAAUUCUUUCAUAAUAUUCAGUGUUCAUGAGGGCAACAGGUACUAUUCACUGUACCUGUUUCAUAGUCGACCACGGUCAACCUUUAAUAAUUUAAUUUCUUACCCACCUCUCCUUGUGGCUCAAGGUGGGUCACAGCAGUCAAAACACACAAACAUUGCAAAAUUUCUAUACACAUAUUAAAAUGUAGUUCUAUAAAAGAUACAUAUUAAAAUGUAUUUCUAUAGGACAUGAGUUUAAAACUCAUGCUUAAAACUGGCAGGAUAGGCCUGCCAGAAGAGAUUGGUCUUUAGAUGGGUUAUAAAUGCCAACAGCUAAUCAAAUAAUUGACACUUAUCUGGGUAGUUUCCUUGAAACUGUAGAACAGGAAAAUACACAUAAUUUAUGAAUUGUAUGUAGGCAAUAUUGUGAUAGUUUUGUCAGAUAGGAGAGGUUCUAGUUUUACAACAUACUUUUAAAAUGUAGUAAUGAGGUCUACUUUCUACUGAAUAAAUUCCAGUUUGUUAGCCUGUGGAUGCAUGUAUGUGUGUGAUGCAGAUACUGUUUUUAGCAUUUCCUUAUGUAUGACUUUUGGUUGUUGCAUUGGUUACCCAGUACCUCAGAAUCACUUGAACUGUAUAAAAUUGCUUUUGAUAAUGAAUUCCUUUGUGCAACAAUAAAAAUAUUGUCAAUGUACUUAAGUGCUAUGCCCAAUUUUAGAAACAUGAGUGUUGUUACACACUCUGCCCUUUUAAGCUUGCUUAGCUCAGGUUUCAGAAGUUUUUACUUUAAUGUCUAAUAGAAUAGCCACCCAGAUAAUGGGCUAGUGUUCUUCUUAAAGCUGGCAUUAUGAAAACAGUCUAUCCAAGUGCUUUGCAAAGCCAUACUGUAUUGGGGAAGAGAACACUUUAAAUAUAUAAUGUAGCUGAGUAUCCUUUAUCUGGAAUUCCAAAAUAUCCAGAACUCAAAACUGACCACAUGGGUGCUGAGAUAGUGGCACCUCUUUGACAGUUCAACACACACAAAUAUAUUCAUCUUGCACAAAAAAACCAUUAGGUAUAAAAAUUACUAUUAGGUUAUGUGUAUAAGCUAUAAUGAAGCAUGUAACAAAUUUUGUGUUUAGAUGGGUUCCAUCUCCAAAAUAUCUAUUUAUAUACAAGCAUUCAAAAAUCCAAAUUAUAUAAAACUUCUGGUACCAAGCAUUUCAGAUAAGGGAUACUCAACCUGCAUUUAAAAAGGUUUAUAAACUCAAAAUUCUGUUUCAGCUUCAACUGACUUCAUUCGAUGCAAUCCAUUUUACGAUGAAUGGAACUUACUAGCAUUGUGAAAAGUACACCCAGGCACAUCAUCGUUCUAUUUGUUAAAUGUCUUUCUGUGCAACAUCAUUUUUGUCAGCAGAGCCAUACAAUGUAAACUUGUCCAAUAAAAUGUGUUACUUACUGAA